AUGGACGACAUCCCCGUCGACUCCGUCUGGUGCCACGCCGACGAGCUGCUGGACGGCCCCGUCGCGCAAUGUCUUCUACUCCAUGGAAAUGAGGAUCAGGAUCAUGCAGCCUGCACGGCCAACCCCCUAGCUCACGAUACCCCUCGAUCCAUCCAUUUCCCCACUGGGAUGCUAUCUCUCCAUGAAUACCGCAAGUCGCAGGCACAGGCCCGCGUCGACGAUCCCGGCGAUCGCGACGCGAGGUCUAUAAGGUCGUUGAAGCGCAAAACGGGCGCCGUGCACUUGAACCGCUCGGCACGCCCGUCGAUUUCUUCUUCUUCCUAUCCUGUCUCAGUGUCGUCGGCCGCUUCGACGCCUCCGCUGUCGCCUUCGUACUCGCACAGUCUUAUCUCUCGCUGGAGUUUGGACUCGGAGGUUGAGACGUCGUCUGGUAGGUUCCUUUCCACACAUCUAUGUCCAAGAGCAACGCUUGUCUCGGAUCACGGUCAUCGUCCUAGACCUAACCGGAAGCGACUGAACACCUUCCGCGAAAAGCUCCAGAAAUCCGAGCUUCCACCCUCAGCCCGGCCCAGCUCAUCCGACCCAAUGCUAGCCACCUCGUCGGCCGUCGCCACCGUCUCGCACGGUGGCGCCUGCUUCGAGAUCCUGAACCCGCGCAAGUCGCUGGAUCUCGCCCGCAUCGUUUCGUUCAUCGACGAUGUCGACACCUGCUCUGUGCUGUCCGACCCGCGCGACUCCCGCAUGUCGACAGACGGGCCAUUCUCCAUCAAGCAAGGUCUCGACCGCGCCUCGCUGUCGCAGUUCACUGACGCCUCGUUACCGUCGCACUGCUCUACACCCUCGCUCUACACCUCUCUGCCGACGCGCGAAUUCACCCCCAAGCGCCUGCAAACCGACCUCCCUCCUCGUUUCCGGCCCUGGACCUCACCCCAAACCCCAACAACACCCACAACCCCAUCAACAUUAAAGACCGAGUCCCCAGAACCCCAGAGCUGGAACGACAUAAAAGCCCAGACCUCGCGCCCAAACUCCGACUCCCAGGGCACCUUCUUCUCCGACGACAGCGACAUCGGCGAGCCAGGCUCUCCCGUCUACGCCAACAGCGAAUGGGCCCAGGUCGACGAGCGAGACCGCGGGAUUGUCUGCCACCUCCCCGAUCUCCUUGAGCCUGCCGACCCUGUCGAGCCGCUCACCCCGACUACACCUACCACCCCGGCCCCCUCGGCCUCGUAUCUGCCCUACUCGUACGACCCAUUCGACCCCGUCUACCUCGAUCCCCAUGUGCAGUCCGUGCUGGCCGCGGCCAAUGCCGAGACCAUGGGCCUGCGCGGGCAUCCGGUGCGCGCGCUCGAUGAUUUGCACCGCCAGAAUGGCGGGGCACGUCGUUAUCACUCUUCUGGGAAAGAGGAUCGGAAGUUGUCGUUUGCGCAGCGGAGGGGGAUACGGAAGUUGUUUAGUUGGCGGUCUGGGAGUUGA